UCAGCGAAUCUGCGCUAUAAGUUUGGACUGAAGCGCCAUUGGCCUCCCGCUAUGGAAACCGGAGGCAUCCCUGCACUUGCGAAUGGCAUCAAACAAGUCAAAGUGAGCCGAAGAGAGGGAAGGCCUUGUCUUGAGCGAUGUCUGCUUGCUCUCGCACGGGGGAUGCGUGAUGUCAGCGGUGGCAGUGCUGUUGUAAUUGACUUGGUGGGGGUGAUGGCGUCAUUUUAUGCCCUGGUGUAGCCUGCUGCUCCGAUAAGCGAAGGUGGAGACGGAUCUUUAGCCGACGCGACCGUGGCUCCCUUGGCCGGGAUCGAGCACCGCCGAGCCGGACACUUGACGCCGGGAAACAUGGAGGCUGUGGCCGAGGAGCUGCGGGCCGGCUCUCUGAUACCUGUCACUAUCGAUCAAAUAGUUAACGAUACGCUGGUGGUGACGCUGAACUACCGAGAGAGGAGCUACACGGGGAUACUACUUGACUGCAACAAGAAGACUGGGCUUUUCUGUCUCCCAGAAUUCACAGCAAAACCUGCGGACUUCCCGAUGCCGACGCCGGUUUGUCAAGAAGCCCCAGAAGUUCUGAGUCAGGAGCCGGUUUCCAAAUCUCCCAGCCAGGUUUCGCACGGACCGAAGGAUGAAAACGCUCUUCCGGAAAGCGGCGCUCCCCCCUGCCCCGUGCCCACGCCGGUGCCAGCUCCUUACCCUCCUUAUUUUGAAGGAGCCCCCUUCCCUCCGGCCUUGUGGGUGCGCCACAGCUACAGCCAAUGGGUACCUCAGCCCCCCCCGCGGCCAAUCAAGAGGAGGAGGAGGCGGACGCGAGAGCCCGGCCACAUGACCAUGAGCACGAUCCGCCUGCGGCCGCGACAGGUGCUGUGCGAGAAGUGCAAGAACACGCUGAACAGCGACGAGGACGGCAAAGACGGCGCGAGCAACGCGGCCAAGGCGUCCCGGAAGGAGAACGCGCCGCAGAGCGACGAGGACGCCAAGGACGCCAAGGACGCCCCUUCCAAGCUCUCCAGAAAAGAGGACGCCGUCGCGGUGGCCAAGGACGCCAAGAGACGUGAAAACGGCCUCGACGGCAAGCGACUCAGGAAGGACAAGCGGGCGGACGCCGAAGGGGAGAAGUUCCCCGGAGGCGCCGCCGCCAUCCCCCACAGUCCCGUCAUCAAGAUCUCGUACAGCACGCCGCAGGGCAAGGGCGAGGUCAUGAAGAUCCCCGCGAGAGUCCACGGCUCGGUCAAGCCCUUCUGCCCCAAGCAGAACGGCGUGGGGGGCCACGGCAAGGCGCCGUCCGACGCCGCCAAGGAGCAGCGGCACAUCCUGGACGCCACGAGGUCCGGCCUCACCGUGUCCAUCCCCAAACUCAAACUGACCCGGCCUUUUACGACCGUGGGUCAGGACCCGCCCUCUCCGAAGAUCCACUCGAGGCCGCCGCCCCGGCGGGACGGCGAGGAGGACGGCGCGGUCGAGUACGAGGCGGAGCUGGUGGGCGGCGCCAGGAGGCGGAGCCCCCGGGGGCCCGGGCCCCGCCUCCCCCACUCCGACGACUCGGGGGAAGGUAAGAACUCUCCGGAGCUGUGGUCCGGCAGCUCGGGGGAGGAGGCGGACCGCGGCCACGGCGACCUCACCCUCCUCAUCAACUUCCGCAAGCGCAAGGCGGACUCGUCGAGCCUGUCGGUCUGCAGCAGCGACAGCCUCGACGAGUCCAAGUCCUUCAGCUCCGACGGCACCUCGCCGGAGCUGAGCGACCUGGCGCCGGGCGAGGACCCGUCGGUGACCUCGUCGUCCGCGGCGGCGCGGGAGGACCGCAAGACGGUGCCGCCGCUCACGGUGCGCCUGCACACCCGCAGCAUGACCAAGUGCGUGACGGAGGAGGGCCACGCCGUGGCGGUGGGCGACGUCGUGUGGGGGAAGAUCCACGGCUUCCCCUGGUGGCCGGCGCGCGUCCUCGGCAUCAGCGGCGCCCGCAGGCCGGAGACGGCCCGCUGCGAGGCCCAGUGGCCCCAGGCCAAGGUGGCGUGGUUCGGCUCGCCCACCACCUCCCAGCUGUCCGUGGCCAAGCUGUCGCCCUUCAGGGAGCUCUUCAGGUCCCGCUUCAACCGCAAGAAGAAGGGGAUGUACCGUCGGGCCGUCCUGGAGGCCGCCAAGGCCGCGGGGCACGUGGGCCCCGAGAUCACGUCGCUGCUGUCCCACGGCGACACGUAGAGGCUGAGGUCCGAAGAGAGGUCGCCGAGUUUUUUUUUCUUCUGAAUUCUGUAUCAUGAAGACCGAGGCGGGUGGACGUGCGGUUGGGACGGCUACUUUUUUUUGGGGGGGGGGGGUGAAGGUGGACGGCUGUUGAGACUGGAGCAAGAAAAAAAAGAGAAGGAAGAACCGGCGCCAGGCGCCUCGAGGUCCGUCACCAACAGAACUAUUCCUGCUUUAUUCUUUAUUUCUAGAUUUAAUUAUAUUUCAAUAGAGCCGAGUAACGACACGACGGAGGACCACGUGUAUUUAUUAUGACCUGUAACGUUUAUUAGGAUCAGCCCGUCUGCUGCCGGCGCCACCGCGGCAGGAGACGGGCUGACCCCCCCCCCCCCCCGGCUCCGCCCCCCAGAGACGGCCGUGACGCAUCAGUGUUCCGUCCUCGCAGCCUUUGGAUUCGUUGGAUCCGCGGACGUAUUUAUCCUCUUAUUCCUCUCCAGAAUCCCCCCCUCCCCCCCUCUCUCUCUCUCUUUUAUUUUUCUAUUAUUUAAAGCUUCAAGUUUAAGAAGGAAAACAAAAGCACUUUACCUGUACCUUUGGUGGCCUGCUGUAAGCUCUCUGUCUCGGACUCUUAAUCGAGAAGAUCGCGGCCCUGAGGGGCGGCGGGGGGGCGGCGUCCAGCCGGGCCGACGAUCCACACGGCCUUCGAGAUGCACUCUUUUCUUUUUUUUCUUUUUACAUUUAAUUGUAUUGUACGACUUAGGGGGGGGGGGCUGUGAACGCUGUAUUCUCGCAUUCGACUCGGGGUACGCUUCUCGUUUUCAAAAGAUCCACGUCGGACAUUUCCAUUGGAGGAUCACGGUUGAACAAACCCCCCCCCCCCCUGUGCAUUGUCAGUUAAAGGGGGGGGGGGUCAAAUGCUGUAAGAAUACUGUGAAUUCGACUUGUGCCGAGAGAGAGAGAGAGAGAGAGAAGCUCGUUAUUGAGUCGUCUGGUAAGAACAGAUUGACCUUUAGUGACCUUUAGUGUUGAAAGCAGCACUGUUGGAGUAAGGGGGGGGGGCAGCGGAGUCAAGAGGGCUGUCGAGCACACCUGGUCCAAAUUAUUAUUAUUAUUAUUAUUUCAAAAAGAAAUGCCCCGCCGAUCGCCCGGCCGACCCGUCUCCCUCCCACCUGGACACCAGCCCACCAACUGUCAACGAGAGGUGUGUUUGUCAAGGGGGCGGGGCUAAAGGGGGGGGGGGGAGCAACAUGGCUGUCUACUGUUGCCCACGUUGGUCUACCUUUUCUUUUCUUUUUUACAUGUACUGUACAUAAAAUAAAAUAUAAAGCAAUA